CAACACAGUUGGCGCCACUCACCAACACAGGUGGCGCCACUCACCAACACAGCUGGGUCAGGUGGUCAGUAGCUGGUCAACACUGGGAGGGAGCAGACACACUCUCUCACCAGGCUCGUCUCACCAUUAUAAAGUGUUGUGUUCUAAUACUUACUGACCACUUAUCACUUUACAUACUUAUAAACAAUCAAGUAGUAAUUCUUAUAGAUAUUCCAGCGAGUUAAUUGUGAAAAAUAAAACCAGUAUUGACGGUAAACAGAGUUGUAUUGACAGAAAAUGGGCGUGUUUCAAAAUUAAUCCGAAUCCGUCUUGAGUGACGACACUCUCACGAACGUAAACAUAAGUGGUUACCUUGGCAGCCGGGAGCAUAGGGGCCAUAAUUGAGUGUUUUUUAACCCCGCUUGUGAGAUUUUGGUCAUCUUGAGGCUGCAGAACCAUUGUUUCGCUCAUUGGGGACCACUAUAUAUGCAUAAGUAACAGCUAGAAGGUGUUAAAAGGUGUUUUAAUUAUCAGAGUGCCGGCCCUAUUCCUCUGAGUGCUGUCACAUGUACGCAUUGUACUGGCACCUUUGAAUGAGGCCAGGAAUUCUGCCUGAGGUGCCAUUGUGUACUACGAUUUGUUUUAUUAAUCACGAAAGCUUUUAAGCUGAAGCUUUAAGCUGUGUAUGUGUAGUGUUAGCAUGCCAGAGUGUCGUGUUGGAGGAGAAACUGAAGUAAUUGUUUAAAGCUAUGGCAGACGUCGCAUUUAGUGAAUCCAGUCAAGCACACAUGUCUAUUGUAACCCAUGACGGCCCCCAGAACACGGGGAGCAACGCCCCCGGCAAGCCGAACCGAAAACCCCGCCUCAGGAGAGUCAAAAUAGGGGAUCCCAAGGCAAGAAGAACAAGAGAAGAGAAGAAACCUCCUUCAGUAGCUGAGAAACCACCUCUCCACAAGGAUUACCUCUCCGAGCAGAGAAGCAAGAGACUGGGCAAGCAGAGACCGAAAGGUAAACACGAGGGAAUAAAGAGAAAUAAGGAGAACAGGUCAAAUGAAGUGGUAAAUGUAGAGAAGGAACAAGAGGUUACGAGAGAAACAACGAGAGGUUUGUCAGCUGGAAGCAACACAAGCAAAGAUGAGGGGAUAAGUAGCAACACAGAGAAAGAUGAAGACUUCGAAGCAGAAGGAGAAAGCGAAGUCAAAACUGAUAACAAAAGGGUGGAUGACGUAGAUGAUGAUGAGGGAAGAGGGAGCAUAAACGGAGAAGAGGAACUAAUGGAGCCUGGACACCAUCUGUCAGAUACGGAAACAAACAAUGUUGCGGGUAAUAAUGACGAGAAGGAUCCAGAGACUAUAAAUGCUGAUCCUCAAGUAGAUAAUGUAGAGGCAGCGGGGGAAAGUAAGGCUGAAGAAGACAACGCUGGUUAUCAUGGAGAUAUGUAUGAACCAAACUCGUUAGCAGCAAGCUUCCAGGACUCCCUGGAACAGUCUAACAGUCUUCUCUUGAGUUCUACUGUCAAUUCAUCAGUGGAAGAGGAGACUGGAGCAGCUGAAGAACCUGCAGAAGCAAGCAGCAAUGAACCAGUCGAGGAAGAAGUCUUGAACGAAGCGCAAGACGACAGCGCAGGUGGAAAAUUGGAUGAUUCUCAAGAAGUGGCAGACACUGGAACAUCUAGUGAAGAUAGAGAGACUAACGUACAAGACGCUAACGAGGAAGUGACGAAGGAAAGUGAGGAACAAGAGGCAACGAAGGAAGUGGAUGCUGCUGAGAAUGCUGACGCAGAGACACCUAUUCAAGAUGAGGCAGAGGAACCUACACAAGAUGCUGAGACAGAGGAACCUACACAAGAUGCUGAGACAGAGGAACUUACACAAGAUGCUGAGACAGAGGAACCUACACAAGAUGGUGAGACAGAGGAACCUACACAAGAUGGUGAAGCAGAGGAACCUACACAAGAUGGUGAAGCAGAGGAACCUACACAAGAUGGUGAAGCAGAGGGACUUAUGCAAGAUGCUGCUGAGUCAGUAGACGAAAUAGGUGGUGCUCCAGUAGAAGAACAGACCGUAGAAGGAACAAGUGGCAAUGAUGAAGACGAGGCAACAGAAGAAACAGAUGCUGCUGUUGUUGCUAAUGAAACGGAGAACAACGAAGUAACAGCUGAUAACCAAACAGAUGCUGCAACAGCAGACGCCAGAGAGGAGAACCUAAAUGAACCAAAAGAAUCUCAAAAGGAAGAAGAAGAAGAAAUUAAAGAGGUGGCAGCCAUUGCGAACCUUCCAGGCAGUUAUAAAGGCAAAAGAAAGAUUGCCCCAAGAACCAUGAAACGUGAACCUGACGUUCAGAAGAUACAAAGAACAAAACAGCCUGACAAAAACAAGGUUAUACUCAACAGGAAACCAAUUUCCUGGAGGCCUACGCCAGUUCUGGCCUCAACACGUCCUGAAGUGCCCAAACCAAAGAAAAAUAUUUUACCGAAUACGAAAUUUAAGGCCAAACGGCUGGUAAAAAAAACAGGAGAGGAACCAGUGAUCAAUAUUGAGGAAUAUCACAGUGGUAGUACACCAGGGGAUGCUUUGAAUCUCCCUCCAGUGAAUAUUUCCGCUGCAGGGGACCUGGAGGUACCUCCAGCACUCAACACCUUCAGAUCAGAGGGCCAUCACGAUGAAUCUAGCGUAGACGAUACCUCCACCAUCGUAACUAAAGCCGAGUCUAUGCCUGAGAUACGAUACCAGGACCUCACUCGCCCCAACACUGCCGGGAAGAAGAAUAAAGUCGCCAAGAGGAAAAAAGGUGUUUCAAAAAUAGCUCCUAUUUUCAACAGAACGAAUACCUCGGCGAAUGCUCCUCCAGGUGGCUCUACAAGCGAGGUAUGGGUUCCAGAGGAGGAGAAACUCUACAUCUACAGCUACAGUUCUCAACCUAGACUUCUACAUGUUCGUAGGAUGGGUGCUGGGAGAGUUGCCACCACACACCAGUGGGAUCAAGACCCAAAUUCUUCUUUUAGACUUAAGCUCAGGUAAGACUUAAAUAUCUUUCCUCUUAAUACACUUGGUUUUACGCUCUUACAUCUGCUUUGUGAUGACAUAUUCGUUUUGCUACUGUUACUAUGUGUGUGUAUUGUGUACUCACCUAUGUGGCCGCAGGGAUCCGAUUCAUAGCUCCUGGCCCCACCUCUUCACUGGUCGCUA